GUUACCUCCAUGAGGAAUAACCAGCUAUAACUUCUUCCAGUGAAUGGUUUCUUGGUUAAGGAAAGAAUUUGUCUCAAACAAAAAAGUACAUAAUUUGUAGUAAAUUGUAACUCACAUAUCUUCCAUCCAUAGAUUCCUUUCCAACUUCGUUGGAUUCUUCUCUCUCUUCCGACACAGCCACUGAACCAUAUUAUUCUAUCCGAAUUCAAAAGCUUGUUAUAACACCAUGAAAGCCAUUGCAAUCACUAUAAAUCCCUCACUCUCUCCUCCCUUUUGUUCAUCUCCCACUACCCCUCCUUCUUCUUCUUCACACCCUGCUAGAUUUCAACGUUUCCACACGUCAGGAGCAAACCCCAUUACUCUUUCAUGCAGAGGAGCACGGUUGUGCUCUUUGCAGGGGUCAAAAGCUCUAAGGGGUGGAAAAAGUUUGGUGCUUGAGGCUGGAAAGGUGACCAUGGCAGAGGUUGAUUCUCGUGGAGAGGGGGAGAACGAGGGUGCUUUGCUUGGCUCCGAGAAUGAGAACAAUUCAAGGCCUAGAAGAAUUGCUCUCUUUGUUGAGCCUUCUCCCUUUGCAUAUGUCUCAGGAUACAAAAACCGGUUUCAGAACUUUAUUAGAUGCCUUCGUGAAAUGGGAGAUGAGGUGAUGGUUGUGACAACACAUGAAGGAGUGCCCCAGGAAUUUCAUGGAGCUAAAUUAAUCGGAUCUUGGAGCUUUCCCUGCCCUUGGUAUCAGAAGGUACCCCUCUCUUUGGCACUUAGUCCAAGAAUAAUUUCAGAGGUAGCCCGGUUUAAGCCUGACAUCAUACAUGCAUCAUCACCAGGCAUAAUGGUUUUUGGUGCUCUUAUCAUUGCAAAGCUUUUGUGUGUUCCUAUUGUCAUGUCCUAUCACACGCAUGUACCUGUGUACAUUCCAAGAUAUACCUUUAGCUGGCUGGUGAAACCUAUGUGGUUGGUCAUAAAAUUUCUUCACAGAGAAGCUGAUCUGACUCUGGUACCAUCAGCUGCCAUUGCAAGGGAUCUCCAAGCUGCUAGGGUCACAGCAGCUAACAAGAUUCGUCUUUGGAACAAGGGUGUUGAUUCUGAAAAAUUCCACCCUCAAUACCGAUCCCAUGAAAUGCGAUUAAGACUAAGCAAUGGUGAACCUGAGAAACCCUUGAUAGUUCAUGUUGGACGGCUUGGAGUAGAGAAGAGUUUAGAUUUCCUCAAAAGCCUCAUGGAAAGGCUUCCUGAAGCCCGAAUUGCUUUCAUUGGUGAUGGGCCAUACAGGGAGGAGCUAGAGAAAAUGUUUGAAGGUAUGCCUGCAGUAUUCACUGGAAUGUUAGGAGGGGAAGAACUUUCCCAAGCAUAUGCCAGUGGAGACGUAUUUGUGAUGCCUUCAGAGUCAGAGACACUUGGUCUUGUAGUCUUGGAGGCCAUGUCUUCUGGGAUACCUGUGGUGGCAGCACGUGCCGGCGGUAUUCCCGAUAUAAUCCCUGAAGAUCAAGAUGGUAAAACUAGUUAUCUGUACACUCCAGGAGAUCUUGAAGAUUGCUUGAGUAAACUAAGGCCCCUUUUGCUCAACAAAGUGUUGAGAGAAGCCAUGGGAAAAGCUGCACGCGAAGAGAUGGAGAAGUAUGAUUGGAAGGCAGCCACCAGGAAGAUUCGCAAUGAACAAUACAAUGCUGCCAUUUGGUUCUGGCGCAAGAAAAGAGCUCAACUUUUGAGACCCUUGCAAUGGCUGGCUAAACGUGUUUUUCCAUCACCACAAGUCAACUACAGGUGAUGCAACUUCACCUUGCAAGCAUGGGUUGGUUCCUAUGCUUGAUUGCUUUGGCUUCAGAGAAGGCUUGUAUGAGAUAAAAUUGUGGUUGAUCACAAUUGAUUGAGGGUAAUGCAUUCAUGUGUUUGAAUGUAAGGGAACAUACAAUAUGGUGGGUUGCACCCUAUUUUUGUGUCAUUAUAAAGAAGAUCAAGAUCAUUAGGUUCAAUCUUUCAUGUCCAUGUUCUAUCAAAUUAAAUAUUUGAAUGGCAAUCAGUUCAUAUUA